CUGUGUUGCAUAGCGAGGUGUGUGCUGUGCUAAUAAUCAGUUCCUGCUCUUAUCCCGGUGCCAGCACAUGUAGAGGAUGGGCACCUGCAGUUCCUGGAUGAGUCAACACCUCUCAGUACCUACUGCCAGAGCAUGACAACAAGGCUCUCCUGUUGGCUGAGCUCCAGCACAACCACUGCACUCCUCUUCUGCUCUCAGGUGCUUGCUGUCCUCCCAUUCGAGCUUGCUCAGCCACGCUGCACCAGAGACCCGCGAGAGGGAUCCACCCCAGGCCGCCCUGUGUGUCUGCCUCCUGAGACCACCAUUAUUUAUAGACUUUGUGUUGUAUGCGUUUUAUCACAAGUUACCGACUGGGAGGAUGCCGUGAGAGUGAAGCCAGGAGAGAAAGGAGUCCUUUCUGCAACGGAAGUCGGAGCCACUUCCCGGAUGCUAACAAGGUUAUUCUGUUGCCGCUGAAGACUGUCUCUGCUCUCUCACUCCCUUCCCCCUCCUGCAUGAUCCGAUAAUGGACAACACGCUUUAUGAGUCCCGAUGCGCGAUGCUGAGAGCGCCAGUACUAAUCCUCAUGUGUAAGACUCUAAGCUAGAUGACAGGCUUUUGGAGCGUGACCUUUGAACGAGACCAGGAGAACAACGGGGGAAGAACUAAAGAAGAAGACUAACUAAAAGUGAUGGAGGCUGCUGGAGUGGAGGAUUCCUCUGACAGACUCGAUGCACCUGAGAGCUCCGCAUCUCCUGUGGAUCCCUCCUCCAAAGAUCUUUCUGAAGCUGGUCCUGAAGAGGCUCUUGAAGAAGUGAAGCUGGAGGAGGAGAAGCCUGAAGAGGAGCAGGAGGUAGUGGCUGAGGAGAAUGGAGAUGAACACAGACUGUUGGGAUGCCUAGGGUUGACAGCUGCUUCCUGCUGUGUCUGUGUGGAUCUGGAACAAGUGCGUAACUGUGUGCGCUCAGAAAAGAUCUGCAUCCUGCCCAUCCUGGCAUGUUUGCUGAGCUUAGCACUUUGCACUGCUGGCCUAAAGUGGGUCUUUGUGGACAGAAUCUUUGAGUAUGAGCCCCCAACUCACCUGGAUCCCAAGCCUAUUGGCCAGGACCCUUUCAUUAUUGAUGCAGAUCCCACAAUGGGACUACCUGUGCCAUUUUCACACCCCACCUCAACUCAAACCCAUCUCCCAGCCGCCACUGCUAAAAUCCCUGCACGCCCUGAGGAUGAUUCCACAGCAAGUCCUUUUGCACCUGCCUCACCCAAGGUGACCCACCUUGGGCCCACCUCAAGAGAUACUACCCUGUUAAACCCAGCCUCUCAGUCCACCCCCAGAUCUACAGCAGAACCUGGCAGGAAGGACACACCACGCCAACAUGAAUCUAACAACAUAGUUACUAGAACAUCUCCCACCAGCACCACGGCGUCUGCCAAGACGUCUAGUCAUAUGACACGUUGCAAAGAAGAGGAGAAGAGCUACUGCGUGAAUGGGGGCGAGUGCUUAACUGUGAAUGUCACACCCAACAGCACCAAACACCUCUGCAGGUGCCUUCAAGGAUUCACAGGGAUCCGCUGUGAAAUCAAAGAACCUGUCAGAGUCUCAAACCAAGAACAAGCUGAGGAGCUGUAUCAGAAACGCAUAUUAACAAUAACCGGCAUCUGCAUUGCUCUCCUAGUUGUUGGCAUCAUGUGCGUGGUGGCCUACUGCAAAACAAAGAAACAGAGGCAAAAGCUGCAUGAUCGCUUGAGGCAGAGUUUACGAAAGCGUCAUGCCAUGGCUGACAUAGGCAAUGGCCCACAGUACCCCCAAAACCUCCAGCAGCCACCGCAAAGCCUGCAGCUUGUUAAUCAGUAUGGAUCGAAAAACACCGUCCCUGCUCAGCAUGUGAUCGAGAAGGAAACAGAAACUUCAUUUACCUUGAGCCAGUACACAUCACAGACUCAGCCAUCCACCGCCGUCACUGCUAGCCUCAGCCAGUGUUGGAGUAAUAAAAAGACAGAGAGUGUGGUGCCUGACAAUCGUUCAAUCUCGGGGGUACAAAACAGCCGGAAUGGCACUCCAAGUCACCGCGGGCGUCUAAAUGCUACUGGAGGAGCCCGGGAUGUCAACGCCUACGUAAAAAACUCCAGAGAAACUACAGAUUCCUACAAGGAAUCACCAUACAGUGAGAGGUAUGUUUCGACCGUGACAACACCGACACGCCUCUCGCCUGUGAAGUUGCUUUCCCCAGCAACGCCCUCCUCUCCUCCCUCUGAAAUGUCAGCACCUCUCCCCAGCUUGGCAACCCCUUCCAUGGCAACGAGUCCGUCGGGUGAGGAGGAACGCCCUUUGCUGUUCCUCACGCCCCCGCGGCUCAGAGAGAAAUCCGAGCCCAGCCGAGCCCAGCAGCUCCGCAACUCAGCCCAUUACAACCAUGGCCUGGAUGAUAUGAGCCCUCCACCUAGCCCGCUGCACAUCCAGGAGGACGAGCAGCAUGAGAGCAUGCAGGACGACAACUCCAUACCCUGUGCCCCACCCACAUCUGCCCCUCACAGCCCCACGGCCAUGCAAAACCCUAAAAGAACAAAAGCCGGUUCUCAGAACAGUCAGGACGAGCAGAGUGGAAGCAGCUCUGAAAGCAGCAGCUCAGAGAGUGAAGCAGAGGAAGAACGCAUGGCCGAGGACACACCGUUCCUCAUACAGAACGCUGGGGUCGCAGGCAUGACUGUGCUGGGGCUGGAGCUGGUAGACAGCAGCAGGACUAACGCCGCACUCCAUCUCUCCCCACAAGACGACCUACAGAGCAGACUAGCCAGCAUAAUGGCUAACCAAGAUCCAAUUGCUGUGUAAAAGUGAAUAUACCACAGAAAAAGAAAAAAAUAAGUAAGCGGAUACUUGUAAGAUAGUAAGAGUAAACACUAAACAUUUAUUUUCUAUAAAUUAAGUAUUUGAGGGAAAUAAAAUAAAAUAACUUUUAUUUUAGUUAUGUAGUGCAAAAAAGUCUUUUAUAAAUUAAAUGUGUAUAUAAUGUGUUUGCUUCUUGAAAAAAAGUGCCAUUCAUUAUAUAAAUGUGUGUGUAUAUGGUCUCAGUAUUUCAAAGGCAGAAACAAUAUCAACAGUGCCUUUAAUUUCAGCAUGGAGAACUAAAGGAAACUGCAUUAUGACACUUGAGCUAUAUAUUCAUGACCUCGAGGCAGCAUCCAGGACCGCUACAAACCAUGAUCGAGUCCAUGCCAAAAGGUAAUCUCAAAGUAAAAAAAUGAAUUAAUAUUAGUUACUGUUGGUUCCUUCUUUCUCAGCUGGUAACAAGGUUAUUAAAGCGCAGCACUAAAAGAUCUUAUUUAGUAAUUGGGCUAAUGAAAGCUACAAACCAGUUGAAUUUGUCUAGUUUGCCUCCUACUGAAUGAAUAUAUGGCUCACUACGUUAAUAAUUCAACACAUCCAUUGGCUUUACAGUAAUGCAUUGUGGGGACGGUACAGCACCAAUAUAAGAACUGGUCUACACAUUGUAAAGUAAACGCCAAAAAAUGUAAGCAUUCGCCCAUCAAUAUUCUUGUACAAUGUUAUAUUAUUUCCAAAGUGUCUGUUGUGUUUUUUCGUUUUACAGAUGUGAUCACUUAUGUAACAGGUUCACUAGCUUAACUGUAUUUUGCAACCUGAAAAAUUAUGCCAGACGGGGAAAAAAAACCCCACAACUGAGUGGCAAGCGCAGACUAACUUAUAAUGAAGCUGAAUGGUGGAUAACAUGCCUCUGAAUACUACUUCACUUUAUACAUCUCUGUAUUGUACCUGUUUAGUGUGUCAGGAGCCAGAAAGUCUUAAAUAAUAUUCACCAAGUUCAAAUUAUACAUUCUUUUUUGUUGUUGUUGUUUUUCAUUUUAACAAAAACACCCUAAAACAAGUCUUUACAUUUGCUUUACAUGGAGAAAAGAUUGGGUGCGUAAUAAUUUCUGCAGAAUACCAGACCAAUACCAUUUUCGGUUUGUUUUCUUCCUGAGAUAAUGAAAAGUCUCAUCACAAAAUCUGGCCCAUUUACAUUCUGCAUUUUGUAGUAUUUAUUUUGUCUAUUAUUUAUUUAUUUAUUUAUUUAUUACUUUGGCCUUCUCUAGUCAGUCAAAUAUAGUCUAUAUUUUAAUAAUGUUGAAAACAUACGUUUAUAGAUAUAUCUAUAUCAGUGUGUGUGUGUGUGUAUGUUUGUGUAUAUAUAUAUAUAUAUAUAUAUAUAUAUAUAUAUAUAUAUAUAUAUAUAUCAGUAUAUGUAAGACUGGUUUCACUUUUUCACCAUUCCAUUAUAUUCCCACAUGAUUUUAUUUUUAUUUUUUUUUUAUGUUGGAGGCCUAGUGUAAAAUGCAAUAUGAACACAUUUACAGCUGAUUAUAUUUUCAGUGUAUAUCAUCUAAAACAUAAAACCACAGAGAGCUUCUUGAAAAUACCCCAUGAUGCAUUGCUUUCAAACCAAGGAGUGUAUGUCCGAUACGCCUUUCUGUAAAUAUGCCUCCAACAGUUGGGUUCUUUAAUUUAAGUAAGACGAUCACAGGUUCGUUUUUUCUACCCACUCCCUUAACAAUUUGUAUCCAUCUCACCACUGAUACUAUUGUGAAAUGACAGGAGCUAAUUAUACACAAAAUCUUUAUUGUUUUUUUGUUUUGUUUUGUUUUUUUGCAAAGAACAGACUGUAUGCUCAUUUUUUUUUUCUUUUUCAUAUAAAUGACAUGUAAAAUGAUAUGUUAAUUCCUACUGGGUCUCUGUGUCAGCCUGGUCGAUUAUGACCACACUGUUACAACUACAUUACAAAUGCAAGAGAAACACAAAAUAAACCAUAGGCAAGAUAACUGCAUGAACACACGAAAAGACAAUUGCAGGCAUGUAUUGCACUAAAUGUACAUGAUCACAGAUGUCAUUCAAACCCAUUGCAGUGGUCACAGACUUGCAGGUCUCUCUACUCUUCUACGUUUCAUUAAAGAACUCUCCAUGUUAAUCUA